GCGGCUGUCCUCACCGUGCGUGCCUGGGACGAACUGCUGACCACAGCAGUGGCGGCGCAGCAACGCGGCGACCCGCUGCCACUCAUGGACUCUGCGCUCAAGUUACUGGAGGCAGCACCCACUGCUGAGGCGCUUCCAUUGUUACUGGACGAUCGCCUCGCGCCCUUCACGGCACUGCCCUCCGCCCUGGCAGCCUCUGCGGCCGCGUCCCGCGUGGCAACGGCUUCCAUCGUGGCAACGGCUUCGACGGCGGAGCGCUUGCAGCAGCGAGCGUUGAACGGGGAGACUGGCUUGGUGCAGGCUGCAGCCGAGUUGCUUGAGGAUGCACGGCCUUUGGCGCAGCAAUGGGCCAAGCUUUGUGCCGAGGCCUCGGCUUCAGAGCUGCCCUCGCGUGCGCGGGCGUUGGUGGCUUGUAUGGUGAGGGCGGAACUCUGCCAGCUCUGGUGGCGUGAUUGUGCACAGGUCUUAGGACAUGUGCCUCUGGCAGAGCAGGUCCACUUCGUGCUGCGUGUGGCCCACUUUGCCGUCACUGCUUCACAGCUGCUGCAGCCGGCCUUGCAGCUUUGGCUGGCCGUAUGGCCAGCGGCAGAAGGAGAUGAGGACUUGGUCUUGGCUUUGGAGAAAUUGGUGCAGGUCUCGGCGCGCUCCAACGCAGAGUGCGCCCCAGCGCUGCAGGCACUUUGCCGGAGCUUGGCUUCCGCAUCCUCGUGGGCCCCACAGACUGUGAGUGCUGCCUUGGGCACCGUCGAAGCCUCCGUGACGCCCAGCGGGGCGACUCCAUGGCCAUUGACGCAGCACAUGGUCUCCUUCUACGGUCCUGUACUGCAAUGCGCUGCGAGCAUCUCCGCUACUCAGAGCAUCCCCUUGGGCCUCGUGGGGGCCUUGGUGUCCUGGGACGCCACCAGUGACUUGGGUCUCCAGCUGCGUGGGGCGCUGCUGAGCAACGAACAGGCAGUACGCACCUUGUGCAACCAGAGCGAAGAGAACCGGACCACACUGCGAAUCAAAGAAGCUCUUGGCUUGUGA